AUGGAGAAGAGUAACGCACCAGGUUCGUCGUUAGGUCCGGGCGGUCUGGAUCUGACCAGCGCCUUUUUCAAGCCGAUCCAAAACUCCGAUCCACCAAUUCCCUCCAACCGCUGUACCAAGAUCUCCGUCGUCGGCGUCGGCAACGUCGGCAUGGCCAUCGCUCAAACCAUCCUCACUCAGGAUCUCGCAGACGAGAUCGCACUCGUCGACGCCAAGCCUGACAAGCUCCGCGGCGAGAUGCUCGAUCUCCAGCACGCCGCCGCUUUCCUCCCCCGCACCAAAAUCACCGCCUCCGUCGACUACAACGUCACCGCCGGAUCCGAUCUCUGCAUCGUCACCGCCGGGGCAAGACAGAACCCAGGCGAGUCCAGGCUCAAUCUCCUCCAGAGGAACGUCUCUCUCUUCCGCCACAUCAUCCCUCCGCUCGCGAAGUCAUCUCCCGAUUCGAUCUUGCUCAUCGUCUCCAAUCCCGUCGACGUUUUGACCUACGUCGCCUGGAAACUCUCCGGCUUCCCGGUGAAUCGAGUGCUUGGAUCGGGCACCAAUCUCGACUCCUCUCGGUUCCGAUUCUUAAUCGCCGAUCAUCUCGACGUCAAUGCUCAGGACGUACAGGCAUUUAUCGUAGGGGAGCAUGGAGACAGCUCGGUGGCAUUGUGGUCGAGCAUAAGUGUUGGAGGCAUCCCUGUGCUAAGCUUCCUGGAGAAGAAUCAGAUCGCUUACGAGAAACAAACCCUUGAAGACAUACACCAAACCGUCAUUGGCAGUGCCUAUGAAGUCAUUGGGCUCAAGGGCUACACUUCUUGGGCCAUUGGCUACUCCGUUGCCAAUCUGGCUCGGACUAUCCUCCGAGACCAGCGCAAGAUCCACCCGGUCACGGUACUUGCUCGUGGCUUCUAUGGUGUUGACGAUGGUGACGUCUUCCUCAGCUUACCGGCUCUGCUUGGACGCAACGGUGUGGUGGCUGUGACCAAUGUGCAUAUGACUGACGAAGAGACCGAGAAGCUGCAGAAAUCAGCAAAGACUAUAUUGGAUAUGCAGAGCCAGUUGGGACUUUGA